AUGGUUCCAGUUAAACUCCUAAUUCUGGGAGCUCAGAACACUGGAAAAACAGCACUGUGUGUUCGUUUUAUAACCAAGCGCUUCAUUGGCGAAUACGACCAUAAGAAGGAGGUGACCUACAGAUGCAGUCGGGUGUUGGACCAGGAAACUGUUGAUCUGGAGAUUUUGGAUAUAGCUUGGAAGGAGAACUCUGUGGCUUCUCUGGAGUCUUCCAUCCGCUGGGCAGACGGCUUCCUGCUGCUCUACUCCAUCACACAGCGCCUCAGCUUCCUGGAGGUCCCUCGGCUCAAGAAACUUAUCGACCAAACCAAACAGAGUCUGGUUGUUCCCACAGUGCUGGUAGGGAAUAAGGCAGACCUGGAAAUCGGCAGGGAGGUGCCAACAGAGGAAGGACAGAGACUGGCCAAAGAGUUAAGGUGUGUUUUCAGGGAGCUGUCGGUGGCAGAAGCCGCUUUGGCUGUGGAAGCAGCAGUGCUUCAGCUCAUCAGGCUGGUGCUGGAUCAGCAGCGCCCUCUGCCUGACCGCCGCUCUUACAUGCUGACUGUUCGCCACGCUCUGACCAGGAAACUGACCCGAUCUAAGACCAUGCAGUGGUGACCAGCAGCGAACAAAUUCAGGUGUUUUUACUGCGGGACAUUUGAGAAAACUGUGUGCUGUCUUACCCACACCAAUUCCAGCUCAGAAGAAGGAAUAAUGUGUCAACAGGUGAAGAGUUGGGUGAACUUCAGUAAUGGGCAAUCACAUCAGCUCCUGUCCUCUACUUUACAAGCAGCAGACAGUUUAAUGGGCCUGGAUGAGAGUCCAAGGCUGUUCAUCAGAGGUGAAAACACAGUGGCCCAAAUACACUUUCAAAGACAGAGGAUGUCCUCUUUUAAAGAUAUAAUAUGUAACAUUUCUGCACUAUAAACACUAGACCUAUGUUUUAUAUUAUGUUGAGUUGUGCACUUACAUUACUCUAAAUGUUUCCAACAAUGUUCAAACUCAGAGAAAUAUGUCAUUUUA